AUACGAGUAGCAGAUAUGGGCAAGAAGAGAGUUUUGGUCAGCUAUGGAUGGUUGGGAUCAUACGGCGGUGAAGACUCGACCAGCGACAUUAGUAGAGUGGGUGUCCAGCGACUGCUCAAGCUAUUCGACAAGUACAACAUCAAAGCGACAUGGUUCAUCCCCGGCCACACACUCGAGACGUUCCCCGAAGAUUGCGCCGCAAUCAGAGACAAAGAUCAUGAGAUUGGUUUGCAUGGAUACAGUCAUGAGAAUCCAGCAGAUAUGACGAUUGAUCAGCAGCGCGAUGUGCUGGACAAGACAUACAAAAUGUUGACAGAGUUCUGUGGCAAGCCUCCCAAGGGCAGCGUGGCUCCGUGGUGGGAGACUAGCAAGGAAGGAGCGGAGCUCUUGCUCUCGUACGGCAUUGAGUAUGACCACUCGAUGAGCCACGAAGAUUGCCAGAUGUACUGGCUACGCACAGGCGACUCGUGGACCAAGAUCGACUACAGCAAAAAAGCAGAAGAGUGGAUGAAGCCCCUGGUCAAGGNNGGUGAAGACACGGGCAUUGUUGAGAUCCCGGCAAACUGGUACAUCGACGACCUACCCCCAAUGAUGUUCAUCAAGAAAGCACCAAACAGUCAUGGUUGGGUCAGUGCAAGAGAUGUCGAACAACUCUGGAUGGACCACUUCGACUACUUCUACCGAGAACACGAUGAUUUUGUGUUCCCCAUGACAAUCCAUCCUGAUGUUAGUGGAAGGCCGCAUGUGCUGUUGAUGCAUGAGAGGAUCAUUGAACAUAUCAACAAGCAUGAGGGUGUCGAGUGGGUGACGAUGGGCGAGAUGUCGGAUGAGUUCAAGAAGAAGAACUCACCGCCACCGAAUGCAUUGAUGCCUGCGACAAGAGAGGAGGUGGAGGAGAUGUUGAAGAAGCAGAAGAAGUGA